AAGCCCGCCUAGAGAAACUAAAUAAGAUUUCAACAGCAAAUAAAAAGAGAGAUUUCGAAAACCAAGUGGAGCGUGUUCAAGCUGUCGCGAGAGUUAUUAAAGGUGAGGGACUAAUACUAGACCCUAAGAAUAAAUAUGUCAGGGAACUCAUCAAACGAUCAUCUGUAAGAACACUCAAGGAUGGCACAGAGGUGUUGGUAUUUAGAAGUGAACAAGGUAUUGAUAAAAGUGGGACACAAAUAAUGAAACGUGGUAAGACCAAGAAUCUAGUGUACUCAAAGGACUCACCUGCUCUGAGAGAAUAUAAGGACCUUCUAAAGAAAAUAAAAGAGGUACCUACGGAUCCUGACAAUAUAAUUGGAAGUGAUGAGGAAUUUACGAGAAGCCACAAUUUGAUGACAGUGAUGAGGAAUACGCUGACCGUGAGAACAUUGAGUUAAUAGAUAUAAGUGCAAAACUAGGAGAUCUUCCAGGGCUAACAAUGCAAGAAAACAAUGAACUGAGAGGUGUUCUUAACCCACCUGAUGGAUCAAGCAUAGAAGGCAGAACAGGUCCCAAUGGAGCGUUACAAGUUCAGGCUGACUACUUUAAUGAAGCUAUUGGUGAAACCGUGGAACGCGCCACCUCUGCGGAAGGUACAACUGAGUAUAAUUCCCUUAUAGAAAGAAUUGACAGUUUGAAGGAAGCUAGGGAUAGGACACUAGAGCAGAGAACUGUAGAGGAAGCAAGAGAGGCACAAUUGGAAGACAUUUCCAGAUUACGUAGAUUUAUAGACUGGGUAGGAAAGGAAAAGGUGGGACUUGUAGGGAUAGCAGUGUCAACAGCUAGUUUAAUUACAGCCUUAUUAAUCCAUGCUAGGGGAGCCAUUGUGAAGACAGCAAAGGCCACUGGUAAAGUAGCAAAAACAUUAGCAAAUUUAGCAAAGAAAGCAGGACCAAUCCUGGUUCCAAUACUGAAUGCAGUUGCAACAGCGCUAUCAUGGGGAGCCAAAGGAAUUACCUGGUUAGCGUCACACCUGUGGGUUGUUGUUGUUGCUGUAACUCUAAUUAUUUACAAUUAUAGCACCAAGUGAUAUUUGCACAUUGAACAUUUUGUAAAUUAUUAAAAUAGAGGGUGAAGAUGAAGAACGGGAAGACUACAGAAUUCCUCAAACGGAGGAUCGCAACGAUAGCGACUAUGAUACGGUUACAGAUAGAGAUAUGAUAAACAUAAUGUUUGGGCAGACCAGCGAUGAGUCUAUGGAGGGAGAUAGAUGGGCCACGUUUGCAAGCAUUCUCAAUGGAUUACCUGCGGACAGGUCGGAAACCCUGAAUGAAACAGUUGACGAAUAUAUGAACUGGCUGGACGACAGCGACAGCGAUCUUGACUCAGAUGAGACUUUUGAUAUCAGUGAGGAUGAUAGGUUCAAUAUUAUUAGUUAUAUUGAAAACCGUUUUGGCACUAGUAUUGGUGAUAUCGAUGGAGAUGAGGGGUAUCCUCGGUGGGUUUACGAAUUUAUCAUAAAUGAAAGAGGGUAUUCCUCACCACCAAGAGUUCCGGCUUACAUUGCAGCUAUAAAUGAGGAAGAGAAAUACCACCGCCUUAAUUUAGAAAUAUUGAAACUAAUAGAUUCUGAUCCCAGUCAGCAUCAGAAAGCGUUUGAUAGAGUUAUUGAAAUUAUUAGGGAACUACCGAAGGGAAACAGGACGCUGGAUUAUUCCCUCGACCGGUUCCUUGGUGAUGGGAUGGAAGACUGGGAUGUUCAAGGUGGUUCCAGGGAAUUGAACGUUAUUGAUAAUUAUAUUAAUGAUCGUUUUGGAAUCAGGACUAGGUAUAUCAAGGUAGGUAAAAUUUACCCGAAAUGGGUAAAUGAGAUUGCGGGAGAUUCACGUGAGUACUUCAGACUCAGAGAUGAAGCAAUGGUAGGAGAAAGGGACACGGUUCCCGAUUUCGGUGAAGAGCAGGAUUACUAUGAAAGGUGGAGGGCUACAAUUAUCUCUUCAAUUGGCCUGAGGAGAUAUAGGGAAGCAUUAAAGAAGAGGGGUGUGACUGAAAAAGAGUUUAUUGACCUUGUGGCAAAAAAAUCAAGAAAGUUACUAAUGGUAAAAAAAAUAUACGAUGACCAUAUGAAUGAAAUACGCAGACUUAGGGACUGGGCAAAGGAAAACAAGUCCCCCCUUGGAGCGGCCAUAGCAAGUGUCACGGUAGCUGUGAUCCUGGUGGAAGUGCUUUCCAGGGUGGCACUUUCUAGUGGGUCUAGUUAUACAGCCAGGGCAGCUAAUAAGGUUAGACCUGAUAAUAAAGGAUCACCUUCGAUUGCUGAUGUUGUUAGGUCAGCUGUGGCUAAGGCUUUAGAUGCUGUUUCGGAUUUAACGCUUUGGCUGGCGGGUAACCUGUGGGCUGCUGGGUUGGGGAUUGCGGUUGUGGUGUAUGCUGUAAACAGCUAA